GGAGCCCGGGCGAGAGCGGUCUCCGGGGCCCGGCCUGAGCCCAGCGCACCCGCCGCCCGUCGCCGAUGAUUCGGAAGGCGCGGCCGGCGCUGCUGCAGCCUCAAGAUGUCGGAGACCGAGUGGAGACGCUCGUGUUACACCCAGCAAUCAAGGCUUUCGUGUGUGGGUCCAUCAGUGGGACCUGCUCGACCAUCCUUUUUCAACCUCUUGAUCUCAUUAAAACGCGCCUCCAGACUCUCCAGCCCUUGGCCCACGGGUCCAGUCAUGUUGGGAUGUUUGCUGUGCUCCUGGAGGUGGUUCGCACAGAGAGUCUUUUGGGCCUCUGGAAAGGGAUGUCCCCCUCCAUUGUGAGAUGCGUCCCUGGUGUCGGGAUCUACUUUGGCACUCUCUACUCCCUGAAGCAGUACUUCCUGCGAGGCCAUCCCCCCACGGCCCUGGAGUCAGUAAUCCUGGGGGCGGGCUCUCGCUCCGUGGCCGGGGUCUGCAUGUCACCCAUCACUGUGAUCAAGACACGCUAUGAGAGCGGCAGGUACAGCUACCAGAGCAUCUCCAUGGCCCUGAGGAGCAUCUACCGCAGCGAGGGCCACCGCGGGCUCUUCAGCGGCCUGACAGCCACCCUCCUUCGUGACGCACCCUUUUCUGGAAUCUACCUAAUGUUUUACACCCAGACCAAAAACAUAGUGCCCCAAGACCAGUUGGAUGCAGUCUUUAUUCCCUUUGUGAACUUCAGCUGUGGAAUAUUUGCUGGUGUUCUGGCCUCACUGGUAACUCAGCCUGCAGACGUUAUCAAAACUCACAUGCAGCUUGCCCCGGUGAAAUUCCGGUGGAUUGGCCAAACAGUUGCACUCAUUUUUAAAGACUAUGGGCUGCGUGGCUUCUUCCAAGGCUGGGUCCCCCGGGCCCUCCGCAGAACUCUGAUGGCAGCAAUGGCAUGGACAGUCUACGAAGAGAUGAUGGCCAAGAUGGGCCUCAAGUCCUGACCAAGAGGGGCCUGCGAAAGGCCUGGCUCGAUUUCUGCCGUGGCGGUUUCCCUCACUGUCCUGGCGUAAGAUGAAGUCCACUCCAGAGAGCCUGGCAGAAACGUUGCCUUCAGUGCCCCAUUCGAGUAGAGAAAAACGGGCCUGGCUUAUGCUCCAGAAGUCUCCCACAAGAGGAGUCGCCCGUACAGACACCACACUGGGAAGUUGGGAGAAAGGUCUGCAUACGCUGCAAGCCCACGUGAAAAGGCGUUGUCCAGAGAGAGCUCCAUCAGCUGGUCUGCGUUAGCCAUCCGUCCACACCACGAUGUCUCCUUGGAUACCCUGUGGCAAGGAAUCACGAAGCCAGAGCAGCCGGAGGCCACCUGCUGUGGGUCUGAGGAGGGGAGUCAACUCUCACCAGGUUGAAGACUGUACCUGAGGAAGGAUGUUAGGGUGAGGAAGAAAAGAUACCAUUAUUUACUUGAUUGCUUAUCAACUUCUUAGAGGCUCUGAAGAAUGGGGACAGUGGCUUCCUAGUCUAUAAAUGUUGUCUAAAUAAAUGCCAUCUUGGCCCCUGAACUGUUUCAGCUCUAAGUUGUUCUGGCAUUUUCUGGAACUAAAGUUCAGAUAAAUAAAAUGAAGCACUUUAUCAUUGGAAGCUGCUUGGAAAACCUAAAUAGUCUUGUCGUUCUGUUUUAAAAUAAUAAAACAAUUUUAGGGUCACUGACUCUUGACCCACAUAGGUCCCUGAAGCCCUCAUUUUGAACAAAACCAAACCCACUGCCAUUCCAACUCAUGGCGACCCCAUGUGUUACAAAGCAGAACUGCUCCAUAGGGUUUUCUUGGCUAUUAUCUUUAUGGAAGCCAAUUGCCAGGCCUUUUUUCCAUGAUGCCAUUGGGUGGGUUUGACUGCCAACCGUUAGGUUAGUAGUCGGGUGCAGGCUGUUCACACCACUCAGGGGUAUUACAGAUCACACAGGUUACCCAUCUCACGUGUACAAUUCAAUGAUUUUUCAUAACUUUACAAAGUGGUCCAACUAUCACCAUAAAUCAGAGAAAACUGACGCCCAGCAAGAUCCCUCAUGCCCAUUUACAGUUCAUCCCCGUUCCUACCUCCAGUCCCAGACAGCCACUAAUUACUGUCUCUAUAAAGUUGCCUUUUCUGGACACUUGGUAUAAACAGAACCAUACAAUCUGUGGUUUCUCCUGUCUGGCUCCUUUCACUUAGUAUAAUGUUUUUGAGGUUCAUGCGUGUUGUAGCAUGUGUCAGUACUUCGUUCUUUUUUUAUGGCCAAACAUUCCACUGUGUGCAUACACCACAUUUUAUUUAUCCAUUCAUCAGAUGAUGAAUAUUCGAACUGUUGACACUUUUGGGCUCUUACGAGCAACAUGUGAACAAGUCUCUAUGUGCGCAUAUGUUUUAAUUUCUCGUGCAACAUGUGAACAAGUCUCUGUGCAUAUGUUUUAAUUCCUCAUGCAACAUGUGAACAAGUCUCUGCGCAUGUUUUAAUCCCUCAUGCAACAUGUGAACAGGUCUCUGUGUGCAUAUGUUUUAAUCCCUCAUGCAACAUGUGAACAAGUCUCUGUGUACAUAUGUUUUAAUUCCUCAUGGGUUGAUAACUUUUAGGUUUAACCACGCGAGAAUCUGUCAGACUUCCAAAGUGGCUGAAACAUUUUACGAUCCCACCAGCGGCGCAUGAGGGUUCCAGCUUCUCCACAUCCUCGCUAACACUUGUUAUUAUUUUACGUGUUAUAGGCCCUUCCGGUGUGUACUUGGAUUUUUUCUGUCACCUUUCAAAUUUAGGAAAGGGCCGUUAUUUUAUCCUGGAAGCAGAAGGGGCAAGCUUGGCCUAGUGGCUAAGAACACAGCUCUGGUUCCAGGCAGCCCAGGUGGAAAACCUGCCUCUCUACUCACUUAGACUUGUUAUUGACCCUGCGCCUGGGAAAUGGGGACAGUAAUGUUUCCUACCUCCUAGAAUGGCUGUAACCCUAUGGGGCAGUUCUACUUUGUCCUAUAGAGUCACUGUGAGUUGGAAUCGACUCAGUGGCAUCAAGUUUGGUUUUAUUGAGAAUGUCUCAUGUCGUAAAGUUCACCCUUUUAAAGAGUGUAAUUCAGUGGUUUUGGUCAUAUUCACAAAGGUGUGCCUUGAUCCCCACUAUCCAGAAUACACAGUAUAUUUUGACAUCUGCUCACAGCCCCUAUUUCAUAUAGAGUAUUUUACGUAUCUUUCCCAGGUCUUGUUUUGAGUGGCUUCUUCCCUUAGACACUAAGUUGGCCGAGGGCUCACAGCCACCAGUCCAGGGUUGACAGGUUAGCCUGAUCUGGCAUCGCCAAGGCCAGAGGAGGACCCAGCUAUGCUUUCAAAUGUGAGUGGUGCUGGGGCAGGGGCAGCAGGGUCCCAGAGAUGCCUCUGGGCUUAUUUCCCCUCCCUUCAUCUCUGCUCUGCCGAGAAGAGGCUAAUGAAAGACUGCUGUUCUGUUGUUAGGUGCCGUUGAGUUGGUUCUGACUCACAGGGACCCUGUAUACAACAAAACAAAACAUUGCCCAGUCGUGUGCCAUCCUCACAAUCGUUACGCUUGAGCCAAUUGUUGCAGCCGCUGUAUCAAUCCAUCUUGUUGAGGGUCUUCCUCAUUUCUGCUGACCCUCUAUACUUUACCAAGCCUGAUGUCCUCCAGGGACUGAUUCCUCCUGAUACCACGUCGAAAGUACGUGAGACAAAGCCUCACCAUCCUUGCUUCUAACAAGCAUUCUGGCUGUAUUUCUUCCAACACAGAUUUGUUCGUUUUUCUGGCAAUCCACGGCAUAUUCAAUAUUCUUCACCAACAACAUAAUUCAAAGGCAUCAACUCUUCUUCGGUCUUCCUCACUCAUCGUCCAGCUUUGGCAUGCGUAUGAGGUGACUGGAAACACCACGGCUUGGGUCAGGUGCACCUUAGUUUCAAGGUGACAUCUUUGCGUUUUAACACUUCAAGGAGGUUUUUGCAGCAGAUUUGCCAACUGUAGUGCAUCGUUUGACUUUUUGACUGUUGCUACCGUAUGCACUGAUUGUGGAUCCUGGUAAAAUGAAAUCCUUGACAUCAAUAUUUUCUCCGUUUAUCAUGAUGUUGCUCAUUGGUCCAGUCUCUUAAGAGUCUUAAUUUAUGAUACUUUUCCUUCCCUUUAACCUUUUUUCUUGUCACUUAUUUGUUGAAGAAAUUGGAUUAUUUGUCCUGUAGACUGUCCCACAUUCUGGAUUUUGAUGAACGCAGCCUUGUGUUGUCAUUUACCAUGUUCCUCUGCUGUAUUUCCUUAAACUAGUGGUUAUGAUUAUAGGAAUUUAAAAAUGAGAUAGGCUUUAUUAGUCCUAAUCUGAGAAAGGUAUUUGAAAGAAUUAAAAGUCAAAUCCUGCCUUUUUCCUCAGAAUUGGUGAGAGAGUCUGUCAGCACCGUGCUCCUUAUCUUGAGUUGGGAAACCUCACCACUAGGCUCAGAAGAAAGUAGUUUUCUCGUGCAUAUGUGUCUUAGUCAAGGUUCUCUAGAGGAACAGGGCCAGUGAGAUAUACACACAUAGAUUUACUUAAUGGAAUUGGCUCAGGUGACUGGGGGCGGAUACUGGCAAGUCCCCGAACUGUAGGUUAGGUGAAAGGAAGAAUGCAGUGUAAAGUUCUGCCAAAAUAUCUAUAUUCUGGAGGCAGAACACACCCUAAGGAAACUGCCUUUCCAUCUGAUUGAUUACGUUACAAUAGAUUACAUGAUGGGAGGUAGCUACAUUACCAUUUAGAUUAGAUCAUAGAAUAGCAACUAGACUAGCUUUUGGCCAAACAACUGGGAACCAUAGCCUAGCCAAGUUGACACAAAAUUAACCAUCACAUGGUGCAUUUGGCUUUCUGAGUUUGGUUUGGUUUGAAUAUUGUUCCUUGGCUUUCCUUGAAAACAGGACCUUUACAACCUGCAAGGCUCUUAGAAAGCUUUUCUAAUGCGUGUGAAGAACUGGUCAGGGGCUCACCAAGGACAUUGUGCUGAGGAAUGAACGGCUCCGUCAGUGCCAGUUCGAAUAUACGUCAUGCAUCCAUCCCAACAAGAUAGUAGCCAAUUAAACACAAACUGAAAAUUGUAACUU